CACAGCGUACUGUCGUUAAAUGGCUACUCGUAACAUAAUUGCAGCGAGUGCUUCUUUCGCCAUGUAAAUUUAAUAGCGUUUCAACGAAAGUUUUACCUUAAGUGGAGAAUUGUGUGGAUACAGAAUACCACAGCGGCACUGAAAAUGUAUGUCAUAUUAUUCGCAACAUUAUGUCCGAAGUAUUCACAUUAGCCGAAACUAUAUUUGCAUUUUGAGUUACAUAACAACUCGUGGCAUAAAAAUGAAACCUUACACUUGAAGCCAUGAAUUCUCUUAUCUGUUAAAGGUCAGUGUUCAGAAUGUUCGUACCUCGAAAGUUUUGUGAAAAAUGCAUACAUUCAUCAGUAAAAUUAUUAGACUUUCAGAGUCCAAUCGUUUUUAAAACUGCGAAGUUUAGCGCACCGUCUGCUCAAGAACCUACUAAAUACUCGCGACAAAUGAUCGAGCUAAAAGAUCCCAUAGAACUGGAAAAGCGUCAGAAGUUUUGGGAGAUGGAGAAAGAGAUGGAGUCGAAGGUUCAGUACGCUCAGCUGACUGCAGAGGAAAGAAUUAUUCACGAAGCACACGCAGAAGCCGUCCGGCGUGGUCACUUCACAUACGAUGAUCCAGCAACUGGAGACCGAAUCAAGACACGUUUGCGCCACUUUCUGAAAGGAAGAUGUUGUGGAAAAGCUUGUAGACACUGCAUUUUUGACCAUGAGAAGGUACCUGAAGCCAAGAAGAAAACUAGCCGAUUUAACUCUUCCUUCUGGGUGUAUGAUGAUGAUGCAGCGGACAAGGAGAAUGAUGAGAAAAUGAAAGCAUUGUAUGGCUUAUAGUUAACAGGGAAGAAUUUUUUCAGUGCAAGGUAUAAAAUAAAAAAAGAACAUGUCUCUCCUCACAGAACUAUAUUUUUUGUCAUUAUAUAUGAGGAGACAAUUCAGUGGCGGAUGGUGAUGCAGUAUUCAGCACUGUUUGUUAGAUUGUUUCAUAGUUCUGUUUAAAUCUGUGUAAAUGUGAUAUGACUGUCAGUAUUAUGCUAGAAUAAUAUCUUAAAGAACCCUGAAUGAAACUGUUUAAAUUAUUUGUGGGCAUGUGAACUGUAUAUAAAUAAAAACAAAUGCCAUUUAA